ACGGGAGCAAGCAGACCUCAUCAUCAGCAGCAGCAGGCAUUCUGUCUAUCCUUCCUUCCUUUCUCGAGAUAUUGCAAGGGGCUGAUACCAGCUCCCCUCUCCUUGAGACACUGACAGUCAUUUCCUCAACGUUUCAUGGCAGCCAAGAGACCGGCUACUUUUGUUACCGAUUCAGAGGCACUUUUCACGUUGUUCACUUGAGUUCUGUUGCUGCAGUGCUGGAUUAAAAGUGCGUUUUGUUUCAAGCUCCUCGCAUUUCGCAUUGCACUGUGUACCAGGUGCAAAAGAGACAAACAAAGAUCGUCUUUUGGUAACAGCUCUUUUACCGGACCAGUUUCAUGAAUAAAACAGAGUGGAUGCUGGAAUCUGUGAAUUGAACGGAGCAAGUGUAGAAGAGAAAGAAAGGUUUUGAAGAUACAGAAGAAAAGGGAAGAGGACAAACAUACUUUGCUUUAGGGAUAAGAAGGAAGAAAAGACGGGGACUAUGGGGAGAAAAAAGAUUCAGAUCACACGGAUUAUGGAUGAGCGUAAUAGACAGGUGACGUUUACAAAGAGAAAGUUUGGGUUAAUGAAGAAGGCCUAUGAGCUUAGUGUACUGUGUGACUGUGAGAUCGCUCUCAUCAUCUUCAACAGCACCAACAAACUGUUCCAGUAUGCCAGCACUGAUAUGGACAAAGUUCUGUUGAAAUACACAGAGUACAAUGAGCCACACGAGAGUCGAACAAACUCUGACAUUGUUGAGACGUUGAGAAAGAAAGGACUGAAUGGCUGUGACAGCCCAGACCCUGAUGCAGACGAUUCAGUAGGGCACAGCCCUGAGUCUGACGACAAGUACAGGAAAAUUAAUGAAGAUAUUGAUCUAAUGAUCAGCAGACAGAGAUUAUGUGCGGUUCAACCUAACUAUGAGAUGCCAGUCUCUAUCCCAGUGAGCAACCCUAACAACCUGAUAUACAACCACCCAGGCAGCUCACUGGGCAACCACAACCUGCUGCCACUGGCUCACCCGUCCCUGCAGAGGAACAGCAUGUCUCCAGGUGUGACGCAUCGGCCACCCAGUGCAGGUGGCAUGUUGGGUGCGGACCUCUCGACCGGUGCAGGCAUCAGUGCUGGAAACGGAUAUGGAAAUCAUCGUAAUUCACCAGGUUUGCUGGUCUCACCUGGAAGCAUGAACAAGAACAUGCAAGCAAAGUCACCACCACCCAUGAACCUGGGGAUGAACAAUCGCAAGCCUGACCUGCGUGUGCUCAUUCCACCAGGCUCCAAGAACACCAUGCCAUCCAUUAAUCAGAGAAUAAACAACUCUCAGUCUGCACAGUCAUUGGCCACUCCUGUGGUUUCUGUAGCAACCCCUACUCUGUCAGGGCAAGGAAUGGGUGGAUACCCAUCAUCCAUUUCUACCACAUAUGGUACUGAAUACUCCUUGAGCAGUGCAGAUCUGUCCUCCCUCUCCGGGUUCAACAGUGCCAGUGGCCUUCACCUGGGCUCAGUGACUGGCUGGCAGCAGCAGCAACUGCACAACAUGCAGCACUCAGCCCUCAGCCAGUUAGGAACUUGUACUAGCUCUCACUUAUCUCAGAAUCUCUCCCUGCCUUCUACUCAAAGCCUCCACAUCAAGUCAGAACCUGUUUCUCCUCCUAGAGACCGCACCACCAGCACGCCGUCGGGGUACCCCCUGCACCACUCUCGCCACGACUCCGGGAGGUCUCCGGUUGACAGUCUGAGCAGCUGCAGCAGCUCCUACGAGGGCAGCGACCGGGAGGACCACCGGAACGACUUCCACUCCCCGCUCGGACUCAUCAGGACCUCGCAGGACGAGAGGGAGAGCCCGUCAGUGAAGCGCGUCAGGCUGUCUGAGGGAUGGGCCACAUGAUACACACGAUAGCUGCAUUAUCUUUUUUUUGUUUGUUUUCUUGCAGAGUGUGUGUGUGCUAUUAAACAGGUGGGAAUAUGGGAGGGAAAGGGUGGGGGUGGGAAGGGAUCUAUGCAUUAUUUGUGCUGUGUGUUGAUCUACAAAAAAAAAAAAAAAAAAGUUAAAAAAAAAAAAAAGUCAGGUACUCUGUUUUGUAAAAGUACUUUUAACUUGCCUCAGUGAUAUCUGAUAAAUAAGCAUACGUUGCUGAGACAGCAGCCUAGCACUUGAGCUGUACAACCGAAUGCUUUUACAGAGUAGGUUUUAUUGCUAACUUUGUUUUAUUGCUGUACUCCCUUGCAAUGUGUAUGUUACAAUAGAUAGUGUCAUGUUGCAGGUUCAACGUAUUUACAUGUAAAUAGAGGGGGGGAGAAAGGAUAACAUUUGCCAGACUUUGCAGAUUUAUUAACUGAAAAAGAAAGCUGUUAUGCAAAAUUUUAACUAAUGUACAGGUGUUCUGACAGACCCAGAGGUGGCUACUUGUAAAAGCAAAGCCACAUAAUAACCUUAGUGUGUGCAUAUAUAUGUGUGUGUGUGUUUGUGUGUGUGUGUGUGUGUGUGUGUGUGUGUGUGUGUGUGUUCAUAAAAAAAAAAUGGAGUAUGGCACUCAAUUAUUUAAAGGAUCAAAGGCAUUGAAAAAAGGACCAUACUUUUAGAUAUAUUUAAAAACAAAAUAGAAGAUUAUUUUUUAAAACACCUGGGUCUGCAUUACAUAUCAACUAUAAAAGAGAUGUGCAUUACAAUUUUGCUUAUAUUUUCAUAAAAAAAAAGGAAAAAUUUGCAAAGCAUUUGUGGUUUUUUUGUAGUUUGUCUAAGCCAGAAUAUGUUUUUUUGAUAGCUUCGCUAAUUAAAAAAAAAAUUAAAAAAGCCUAAAGAAAUUAAAUUAAAUGGGCUUCUUGUAUAGAAAGCACUACCCUAAGCCAUGAAACCAAUAACAAUAUAUAAAAACUCCAUUCUUUGCUGAGCAAGAUAACUGAUUUCACUUUGUAGAUGUUUUUGUUUUU